AUGACAUCAGUGGUCAACACCAAUGCUUCACUGCCGUACAACCAUCACUUAUUUGAAAGAGUUAUGGUAAAGAAAAGAAUAGAGACAUUCAUUCAGGCAAUUUGGAUAGAAACUGAUAACAAGAACGCCACUGACAUCGGUUGGCAGCCAUAUCUUGUAAUGUCUCCAAGCAGGCACAGUGAGGAUCACGCGGUCCUCAUCCUGGAAGGCGAUACUUUUGUACAGGACGUUGCAUCAAUUGAUGUGUAUGCUUCCUGGUAUUCAGCCAAGCGUAAGGCCACGAAGUCUCAGCACAUUCAAAAUCAUAAAACUACUCACAAGGUUGAUGAAUACUCUUCGACUGCUCACGACCGGUUUCACCCUUCUUGGGACUCAUUAGGUAGACGUAGUUUCAGAGAUGUCGUCAACCUUAUGUUCUACUUGAAACCAAAUUGGACAGAUUUUGACAAAUGCACUCAGUCGCAUUAUAAGUUGUUUUUCACGAGUGACUCUAAUGAAUCUCUUGUUUAUGACUAG